AUAUGGCGAAGCAGGGAAUCCGAGGCCGCACCACACUUGCUCCUCGCGCCGUACAUUAACAGCAAUAUAGUAAUUAGCUAAAGGAGGAUAUAAUGAACAAGCAAAAAGACGAUGAAUUUAUGUUCACUUGGGCAAUUGAAAACUUCAGCACAAGCUUUCAACCAAAAGAACAAUUAAUUUGCAGUCCGGGUUUCGCGCAGGACUUUAUAUUCGGUGUAAAAUGGUAUCUGAAAUUGUAUCCGAAAGUUAAACACGAUGAAGAAUACAUAAGUAUUUUCCUAACAAGAAAUGAAGACAAUUUGGAAAACUUCAAAAUAAACUUUUGUAUUCAAGGAACGGAUUGUACUGGAAACAUUAUUUUUAGUUCUAAAUAUGCGUUGACUGAAUAUCGACAUAACAGUGGAUUUCGAAUGCGUAUUAGAAAGCACUCGAAUUUUUCAUCAUUGCAGAGCAACAUUUUGAUUAUUAAAUGCUGUUUGAAAGUACGUGGAAAUGAAGAGCGAAAAUCAUUUCUUCCACUUUCCCACGAAAGUGGAUUAUUUACGGACAUCACGUUACGUGCUAAUGAUACAACUUUCAAAGUACAUAAAGCUAUUUUGUGGGCGAGGUGGCCGAAAAUUGUCGAGAAACUCGAUGCGGAACAAGCAAGCGAGCAGACUUUCGACAUAGGUUCGAAUGUGCUGGAAGCAAUAGUUAAAUAUGUUUAUACUGGGAAGAUAAUUUACACUAACUCAGAUCUGUUAGAAGAAUUGACAGCCGCAGCAAUAAAAUAUGAACUUCCCAAAGUGCAAGGUAUACCUGUUGUAGCCCAGGAAGGACGAACGCGCAUUGAUAUACAUAACAUAUCAUUUGAAUGGCCAAUAGAAGAUCUCUCUAUUCUACCUAUGGAUACAGUUUUACAUCAUACAUUUUCUGUCAGUGUCUUGCAAUCCUCGAAAUGGAAUUUAAUUAUUUAUAUACGUGAAAAGACAGAAGAUGGAAUUAACUUUGAUAUUUCAGUUUCUAGAGUAGAUGAUCACGAACCCAAAUCAAUUUUCGUAAGAAGUAAAAUAUUCUCUAUUGAAAAAUAUAACUAUCGUGAAGAAUUACUGGAAAGCAGUAAAACUUGGAAUUGCGCAGUAUCGUUUCGAGAUCUUUGGAUUUAUUCGAAAGAUGUUUCACUUAAAUGUGAUUUUGAGUUUUCAGACUGCAGUUAUUUUUCUGAGAUUGUAAACUCUUCUUUUGCUUUUUCAUCAUCUAUGAAUGUUCAUAACUUAAGCAGUGACUUUCAGAAUCUUUACAAAAGUGGGAUUUUAUCGGAUGUCAAUAUCAUCGUCGGUUCCAGAACAUUCCCCGUGCACAAAAGUAUUCUAUGCUUCCGAUCUUCCGUAUUUUCUAAAAUGUUCGAAACUAAUAUGACUGAAACGGAAGAUAAUAAUGUUAAUAUUUCAGAUACUGAUCCUGAUAUAAUGGAUGAAUUUCUUCUGUUCAUAUACUCUGGAAAUUUGGGAAAACCUUUGAAUGAAACAGCCACAAAGUUGUAUUCAGUAGCCGAUAAAUAUGACGUUCCUUUUCUCAAGAAAAAGUGUUCUUCCUUUCUGGAAUCUCAUCUGUCUGCUGAAAAUGUGCACGAAGUUCUUCUUUUAGCCACUAUGCAUUGCGAUGAUGAUUUGUACAAAAGUGUCAUUGAGUUUUCUGCUAUCAACAAACAGGAAAUUUUCUCAGCCGAUGAAUGGAAAGAUAUCGCAAAAGAGAACAUAUGGGUUAAAUUUUUGCAUGCUGUGAUAGUUCAUAAAAUGCGUUAAAACAAACAUGAUAACAUAUGUACUACUAAUUAGGAGAUCUUAAAAUGAUUUUGCAUCUAACAUUGCAAGUUUUAAUAUUUUUGUUGGUAAGUAAUAAACGACACUGCGCCAAUUA